AAAAAUAUUUUGGAAAAAAUGAAAAUAACUUAUAUAAUUAUCUUGUUAAUCGCAUUAGCAACUACAAAAAAAGUUGAUAUUAAUAGUAGGACUUAAAUAAACCAUACUCAAGUAAUAAAUAUAUAGUAUAUGAUCAACAGAAACAAUUAAUAUAAAAUGAAGAAAUAACUUAUGAAACUUCUCUAUUAACACCAGAAGAAUAGAAAAAAGCAGAUGAAGCCAAAAAAGCAGAAGAAGCCAAAAAAGCAGAAGAAGCUAAGAAAAAAGCAGAAGAAGCUAAAAAAGCAGAAGAAGCAAAAAAAGCAGAAGAAGCUAAAAAGGCAGAAGAAGCAAAAAAAGCAGAAGAAGCCAAGAAAAAAGAAGAAGAAGCUAAGAAAAAAGCAGAAGAAGCAAAAAAAAAAGAAGAGGAAGCUAAGAAAAAAGAAGAAGAAGCUAAGAAAAAAGAAGAAGAAGCUAAAAAGGCAGAGGAAAAAAAGAAAAAAGAAGAAGAAGCUAAAAAGGCAGAAGAAAAAAAGAAAAAAGAAGAAGAAGCUAAAAAAAAGGAAGAGGAAGCCAAGAAAAAAAAAAAAGAAGAAAAUAUUAGAUAAUAAGAUGAAAAAGAAAGAAAUAAAAGAGCUGAAUAUGAAGAGUGCAUUAGAGAUAAAUGUGAAGACAAUUUUGAUGAAUGCAAUUCAGACUGCGUUUAAAAAUUAAAAGACUGUAAAAAAAAUGCUAUUUAUGAAGGAAUUGAUGCUGUAAAAAUAUUAUUUUUAUUGUAGUAUAAUAAAUGUGUUAAAAAUAAUGAAAAGGCCAAUUCUUUAAUAAAAUGCAUUCAAACUAAUUGCUAAGAAUGA